AUGCUGACCCUUCGCAGGAGAUCAUCAACUACCCCACUGUUCGACAGGUGCAACACCUCGGAUGCCAGAGGAUUAGGGAGCGAGACAUCAAUUUCGACUCGCACAUGUCCGGCUUCGUUUACAAAGUCAGUGUUGGCCAAGAGGUCCUUAUCAAGAAGGAAAUCCCGGGACCCCGACACCAUCGACGAGUUCCUGUAUGAGAUCAAUGCGCUUAAUCGACUUCGCUACUCGAGGAACGUCAUAUCUUUCUUUGGCGUAGUCGUGGACGAUCAUGACGAACACGUCAAAGGUCUCCUCAUCAGCUUUGCUGGGCAAGGGGCACUCAUCGACCUUCUGUACGACAAUCGGCAGGACUCCGAACUUGGAACGCCUUGGCUGAUGCGAGAGCGAUGGGCAAGACAGAUUGUUGAGGGUCUCUCUGACAUUCACGAAUCAGGUUUCGUACAGGGUGACUUUACCCUCUCGAACAUUGUCAUUGACGAUCAAGGCGAUGCCAAGAUCAUAGACAUCAACAGACGAGGGUGUCCCGUGGGUUGGGAACCUCCAGAAGCAACGCCACUUAUCGAGAGUGGCCAGCGGAUCUCGAUGUACAUCGGUGUCAAAUCGGAUCUGUACCAGCUCGGCAUGGUUCUAUGGGCCCUAGCUACGCAAGAAGACGAGCCUGAGGCUCAUGGGCGCCCCCUCAUCCUAGAACACGACGUUGACGUCCCCGGCUGGUACCGCCAACUUGUUGGAUUCUGCUUGAGUGAUGAUCCUCGACACCGACUGCAGGCUGCGUCUCUUCUCACUCUAUUCCCUGAAUCCGUUGUCAGCCCUGACACCGGAACGAAUCUUCCCUCAAUCUCGGUGGACGAUGGGUACUCCAUGAAAGAGUAUUUCGUAGCCGACGAGAACGGCCAACCACGCGUCAAGACUGUUGCGCAGCCAAGCGACUGGUCAUACGUGAAUCGGGGCCAAGCAGCAGGGUACUCGCAGGAUCCGUACUACUACACAAGAGGACGCUCACCCCCGAGUCCUCUCCCGAGUCACCACGGUCAAUUUGACGCCUUUUACAAAGGCUCCCAAGUCUCGGGCUGGGCUGGCGCUCGGAACAUCGCGCCCUCAUACAGCGACGUGGGGGCAGAUGAGAUGAUUAGAGGUCGAAGCAUCACCCCGAGAACAAGUAAAGAUUCUCUUACAGGAGAAAGUCACAUGGAGUCUCGAGGUCGAGUUACGCUUGAUGACGUGUUUGAGAGAAGUGAGGAGCCAUACCCGAUGGCCCCGGCCUCACAGGGACUGCGACAGGAUUCCACCAGCUUGAUCCCGGAUGUCAAGGAUGACCUUGAUGCUGCAGUGACACCCACUCCAAACACACCCGUGAAGGAGGAUCAGAAUGUUUUGAACGACGACACUGUCCUGCUGUCUACGGUUCGGAUGCUACACGCCAACGACGAGAACCAGUUGGUGGAGGUUUCCAAUCAACUCGAGGAAACUGCUCAAGGUGGAAUAUGUGCAGUAACAGAAAAGCCCACAGAGACAGACAGCGAGGCAGAGGCCGGGACCAACAGUCACCGGGUACUCAAGUCCGAGGACUCCUCAAGUGUUGCGGAAACAAGCCUAACCACUGUAGCGGACACUCCAGGUUCGGGCCCACAGGCGAUGCAUAGCACUCCACUCAAGCUUCCCACUCAAGUAGAGCAACCAAGCCCGAACCCUGAAAGCAGCAGCGCAGGAAUCGACAUGACGCAAUGCCACUCCGUGCUCGAGGAAACGGGCCUCGAAGGAGCAGAGAACGAGGCACAGAUCAGGUUUGAUGAAACGCCGCCACUCACCAACCAGACCGCGCCUUUGACUGCAGAGGACGCUCUCUCGACAGGACGGAACGAUUUCAAGGACAAAAGCCCCCCGGCCGGCGACCAUGGCGCUGGCGGGACGGAGAGAGCCCUUGCUCCACCCAGUGGAUCUAACGGGCACGCGCCGCUCAACGCAGGUUCCACAAUGGAGCAGGAUAUGCCCAUGAGGGAGGCCGGGGGCGAUGAUGAGACGGCUAAGGCGACGGGGCUUACAGUACCCAGAGGAGAGAAUGACGACAGCAACGGAGGCCUUCCUGGGACGCCUGAGGAUGCGGCAGCGGCUGAAAUCCAGCCCAAAGAGGUCUCAACAAUCUUGGAAGAAGGAGAACUCGACCAUGAAAAAAAGAGAUCUGCUCUAGCUGUGCCUCAUCCGGCAGAGGCCGUGCCGUCCUCAAAACCUCAAGUAAAGCAGACAGAAGACGAGGAGAUUACUGAUGAGAAACGCUCCGGCACGAACAUGCCGGUGGCCGAGACGACCUCGGCAAUCACGACAGAAGGACCGGUAUGA